AUGGGGAGGGGAUGGGAGGGAGCCGGGGUGGGAAAAGUAUAUCAAAUAAGCAGUAUUUCUUAUUGUGUGUGGUGGGCCGCCGCAUGGGGAGAGCUGGGCACAAGGACAGCCAUCGGGUUCUUCUCUGAGCGCUCGCUUCCCCGCCGCCGUGGGCGCCCCACCACUCCCCAGGUUCCUUCUCUGCUCUGGCAAACGUGGACGUGGACGGUGGGUCCCUUCCCUCUCCCAGAACAAGCAGAGCCAGGCUCAGCCAGCCCUUGCCCAGGGCGGGGAAGAAGGGUGUGCGUGUGUCAAGGAAGGAAAAAAGGUGGAUCAGUGAUUUUACUUGAAAACAAGCUCCAUCCCCUUUCUAUAUUUAUAAAAGAAGAUCCUGAGCGUAGCAGCACACGACCAGGUGUGUGUGAGUUGAAUGGAGACGUCUCUCUUUUUUCUUUUUUUAAUUUUUGUUUUUGUUCUUUAUUUUCUUUAUUAAAAAAAAGUUUUAUUUUAUUGUUUAUUUUACUUUUUUUGGUAACAAAGACUAAACUAAGGAAUAGAAAAGCUGUUUUUCAGGCUGACAGUCAGCUAAGGGUAGUCGAGACCUUGCAUGGUAGAAUAGGAGCCAUAGUGUCAGUGAGGUCCAGUGAGUCUGUGUGA